CUGUCCAGCGAUUUGUUGUGUUUUUAUCUCCAAGUUUCACCAUUAUUUUACCAAGAUAAAGCCUUAAUUGAAUCCAUAUAGGGGUACUGAAUGGACUCAGAGAAACCCCACCUUCUGAAAGCCACGACAUGUCUAUUUUCAAGGCGCGAGUCAAGGAAUUUGAGGAUGUUUUGGCGGCUCCACAGGAUGUGAUUGACCUGAAACAACUCAGAAAACUUGCAUUCAAUGGUGUUCCUGAUGUGCAGAGUUUUCGAGCCCUCAGCUGGAAACUGCUCUUGGGGUAUUUGGGUCCCAAGCGUAGCAGUUGGACUACGACCUUGGCUCAGAAACGGGCGCUGUACAAGCAGUUCAUAGAAGAGUUGGUACUACCCCCAGGACACUCCAAAAACGGAGGCAGUGGAGAAGGGGGAGAUGGGGACAAAGUCGAUUCGGGGGGCGUUGGCUUGCAAGAUCAUCCGCUAAGCGAGGGACCCGAGAGUGCCUGGAAUACGUUUUUCAACGAUAACGAGUUCUUGCUACAGAUCGACAAAGAUGUUCGGCGCCUUUGCCCAGAUAUAUCCUUUUUCCAGCAGCCCACAGACUAUCCCUGCGAAAUUGUGGUCCACAGUAAAGGGGAACACGGACGCAGACUUCAUGAACGCGUAGUACCUGCUGUGCUCAGUUCGGCGAAUGUGGAACGCAAGGGCCUGGGCAUGACCAAGCAGCAAAUAAAUCUAAUCACUAAACGCUCUGUGGAGAACUAUGCAGCCAUGGAGGAGGGCCAAGAGGCACACUGGGAGGUUGUGCAACGCAUUUUAUUUAUCUACGCUAAGCUGAAUCCCGGCCAGGGAUAUGUCCAAGGAAUGAACGAGAUUGUGGGCCCUAUCUAUUUUGUAAUGGCCUCCGAUCCUGAUCUUACGUAUCGCGCCCAUGCCGAGGCUGAUUGUUUUUUCUGUUUUACCGCCCUGAUGAGCGAGAUACGUGACUUCUUUAUCAAAACCCUGGACGACGCGGAAGGCGGUAUUAAGUUCAUGAUGGCCAAGCUAUCGAAUAUGCUAAAAUCAAAAGACCUAAACAUUUAUGAGCUGCUUAAGCGUCAGGAGCUGCAUCCCCAAUACUAUAGCUUCAGGUGGCUUACACUGCUCCUUUCGCAAGAAUUUCCACUGCCAGAUGUGCUUCGCAUUUGGGAUUCCGUAUUUGCAGAUGAACAGCGCUUUGAUUUCCUUAUAAAAAUAUGCUGUUCCAUGAUAUUAAUCCAAAGAGAAGCCAUUUUGGAAAACGACUUUGCCUCGAAUGUAAAACUACUACAGAACUAUCCGCCUAUUGAUAUUAAUGUUGUGAUUACUCAUGCCGGUUCGUUGGCGUAGCAGACGUUUAAGAAUAUAUCCAAAUGCCCAAAUGCUUGCAAAGCCCUUUAGUCAUUUAUCAACGUAAAGAACCAAGCAAUCAACUACACUAAAAUUAGCUCCAAUCUCCAAAACGCACUUUUACAGGAAAUCCAAUAAGUGAAUACGUAUCGUUACUUUUUAUAUGACUUAUAAUUUGUAUGUCAUUAAUAAACGAAAUAAUUUUAACAUA